AUGGAUCCACAACCUGUUCCCCGCCAGAGCAAUGAACAGGACCCAAACUAUAUUUACGACCCCGAGGGCGAUGUCCUCGUCACCACCAACUAUGACGCCUAUGUCGAUGAGGGCAAGCCCAUGAUCAACGACUAUGUCAGACAUGCACGGGUCGGUGGCGGCCAGCAUGGAGAUGUUUAUCUGUGCCAGAAGAUCAACCACAAGCUCCCAGCCAACGAUCCUGGCCGCCGUGUUGCAGUCGCUAUGAAAUCGGUGAAGAGAAAUAAUCCUCGCGCAGAACAGUACAAGAGCCUUCGAAAGCAACGUAUCCCAUCGUCUCAGACUCACUUGCCCGUCGCGGACAGGUUGAACACAACAGAGGCAAAGAUAAAGAGGGAAAUCGCUAUCAUGAAGAAGCUGCGCCACCCGCAUGUUGUUAGAUUAUUCGAGGUUAUAGAUGACAGGCUGCAUGAGAAAAUAUAUAUGGUUAUGGAAUAUCUUGGAGGCGGAGAGGUGAAAUGGCGCGAUGAGCGUAAUAACCCUGUUCUUACUGUCGCCCAAACCCGUCGAAUAUUGCGAGACGCUGUUCUUGGCCUAGAAUACCUACACUACCAGGGCAUCAUUCACCGUGAUAUUAAGCCAGCUAACCUUCUCUGGACGGAAGACCGACGCCAGGUCAAGAUUGCUGAUUUCGGUGUCUCACAUUUCUCCUAUGCCCAACGUCUAGCUGCAGCAGGAGGAAAAAAUGUUGAUAACGACCCAAGUGACCCUAUUCUGCUAGAUGAAUCAGGCCUCACCAGGCGUGCUGGAACACCCUCUUUUCUCGCUCCUGAGGUGAUAUACGAGCAUACGAAUGAUGUCCCUGGUUCAAUAUCUCUCAAUUCGACAGCACUGCAUUCUUCAUCGUCUCUCGGUUCUAUGUCACCCAUUAGCCCAACCGACCGCCCAGAGAUAACCAAGUCCAUAGACGUUUGGGCCCUCGGUGUUACGCUCUACUGCCUGCUGUUUGGGACGACCCCUUUUGUGGCGAAUCAGGGCUCACGCAGCACACAUGGUUCUGAAUUCUCUCUGUAUAUUUCCAUUUGCAACGAUGAUUGGCCUGCCCCACCCCGUAUUGGAUUCGACAGGAUUCCUUCAGGCGGCCGGCAUCCAGAUUCAGACACAGAAGGAGCAAGCAUCAUCCGCCUGCUAGAUCACUUUCUCCAAAAGGAUUACCACAACCGCAUAACCCUCGAUGAAGUCAAGAGAAAUUCGUGGGUGCUGACGGGCCUCGAAGAUCCGGAACAGUGGCUCAAGAUCACCUCCCCAAGAGCGAACACAAAGAUCAAUGUGUCGCAAAACGACACCUCGAACGCCAUGUCAGCUGUGCGAUUUCAGUGGCGGUGGGGCGGGAAGCUCGUGCGGCAUGUUUCUUCGCUGUUCCGUCGCCCAGGUGGAUCGUCGCGCAUGUUGGUACCCCAACCAGUGCAGGAACCAGUGAUCACUCCAACAAGAGUUGUUUCUGACCCUAUGCAUCGGCAGAGCUUGCUUAUUACUCAAAGGCCACCUGGCCCAGGGACUGCAGUCUCCAGCCCGCCGGCGCACCAGUUGACCCAUGCAGCUGUACAGAAGCGGGACAAGGGCAAGCAAAAGGCGGAGCCAUCAGCCGGCAGAACGUUGACGCGUGCAUUGUCGAGGGGCGGGUCGAAGAGCCUGCGCUCGAGUUCGACGGAGCGUGAAAUAACGUUGCGCGGAAGCUCAACGUCAGCGAGUCCGCUGCUGGGCUCCACGAACAAGGCGCGCCGUGGGUCAGACAGUCGGGUUCUCACACGCGGCGCGAGCGGAUCCUCCGCUCCUGGACAACACUCGAGGCAGUCGACAGCAGGGACGAGCGCAGGAGAGAAGCGCAGCCGGUUCUGGUGGUGGAACAGCGCGUCCAUAUCGGCGUGGCGACCAAAUAAGUUUGCACCGCAGACGCCCACUGCUGUCGUGCCCGACUACGCGCCACAGACUGUGCAUGCUCCGGGAGAGAUUAUCGUGCAGCAGCAAACGCCAAACACACGAAGGAGCGAGGAAGCGUUGAGCAAGUACCGCCCAACCGGUACAGAGGCCAUUGUCGACAAUGGUGCGCUGCUUACCGCCGCGCGUCGCGCGUCGAGUUGGGGCCACCCGGGGCAGAGCGAUACCCCGAACAUGGAGAUCAUCAACGUGCCGUCGAUUGGGUAUAACCUCAAUGAGCAUGAUAUGAUUGUGGGUGCGGGUGGUGUGACGAACGCUGAGGCGGGGCCACUUGUGGUUCCGCUGGCUCAGAUCGCAGGACCGUCGACACUUGUCAUAGCGCAGCCAUCGCAACCGCAGACGUUCGACGACCGCUAUGGCCGACCUGUGUACGACGACGACGACUCGUCAAUUGAGAGCUUGCCGGACGACAGUGGUAGUACUUGGCAGCGCGGCGGCGAGAUGGAUGAUCUGAUUGACCUCCACGAUCCUGAUCACGGCGACGAAGAUGGAGACAUACUCGAGGACACAAGCGAUGAUGAAGAGGAAGAUAAUGUAGUCACCUUUUCUCCUCGAAGACCAACAUACAACAACAAUAAUUGA